AAUUUUUAAAUUAAAUGUUUAAAGUCAAUUCACAAAGUAGUAGUGUAAACAAUAAAAUUUUUUACAGUAUUUGUCUUGUUAAAAAAAUUUUUGUUCAUUACAAUUAGGUAUUAUAUUAUUAUUUUUCUAUUUAACGAAGAACACAUUCGAAAUGAAUAAAGAAUUGGACGAUUUUCAACAAGUGCAACAUUCAGAACAACGAGAAUAUUCGACAAAAGAGUUGAUAGAAAAAUUUAAGGCUAAAGAACACGAAAGAAGAAAAGAAGAAGAGAAAAGAGAAGAGUUAAUUAGAAAAAAUUUCCAAACACAAUCAAAUCCAAGUGUAAUUAUUUUAGGAGCAGGUUCCGCAGGAAUCGCCGCAGCAUCAAGACUUUUCGAAAAUGGUUUUAAAAACGUAAAAAUUCUCGAAGCUGAAAACAGAAUUGGAGGACGAGUUUUUACCACUAAAUUCGACGAUUAUCUGGUGGACAUUGGAGGACAAUGGGUGAAUGGAGAAGUGGGAAACGUCGCCUUCGAUCUGGCUUGGCCUCUUGGUUUAUUGGAAAAAGGAAAAGCAGAUUGGUCAUCGGAUUCUAAUGAAGAAUUAAUCGAUUCAUCCGGGCAUAUUUUAGAUAAAUCAGAGAAAGCUGAUCUUCUUCAAUUUCAUAAGGAUGUUGAAAAGAAAUUGGAAGAAUAUAUUGACGACAACGAAAAUGCUUCCAUUGGCGUAAAAUAUAAAUACGAACUUGAGAAAUUUGUAAAAUCGCAUCCAAAGUGGAGGGAAAAUAAAAAGGGAUUGACAAAUGCGUACAAUCGAAUGACAACGUUAGUUAAUUCCGCGGAGAAUUGGGAGGACAUUACAACAGCGGAUUUCAGAGAUUUUGAAAGUAUACCUGGAGCUUGUUUAAUUAAUUGGAAAGAACGAGGAUAUGGCAUGAUUUUUGAUAUAAUGAUGAAACGAUAUCCAAAAAUAGAGGAAGAACUACCAAUUAUGUGUAACACUAAAUUAAAUUCAGAAGUUUCUCUAAUUGAUUACUCUAAUCAAAAUGGAAAAGUAAUUAUAAAAACAACAAAUGGAGAUGAAUAUUCAGCAGAUUAUGUAAUUGUCACAUUUUCCAUUGGCGUUUUAAAAGAAAUUCAUAAAUCCCUCUUUAAACCCCAUUUGCCGGAAGAAAAGCAAAAAGCCAUUGAGGGAAUUAAUUAUGGAAACUUGGCGAAGAUUUUUCUCGUUUUUGAUGAACCUUGGUGGACAACAAGCAACGAAUAUACCUUGCUUUGGAAGGACAAAGAUUUUGAAAUAUUUCAGAAAGAUAAAGAAAAGAGUUGGCUACAAGGAUUAAUUGGAUUCUUGCCAGUUGAGCAUAAACCAAAAUUACUCUGCGGUUGGGUGACUGGAAAGCAUUCUCGAGAUUUGGAAGAACUAACGGACGAGCAAGUAUUAAGUCACUGUAUUGAAGUCCUUCACAUAUUCUUUGGUAAAAUUUACAACGUCACUAAACCAACUGGAAUGAUUCGAUCAAUGUGGGACAGUAAUAAACAUUUCAGAGGAACCAACAGUUAUAGAAGUCCAAAAACCGAUCCUGAAGUUUCGAGUUAUAAAAAAAUGUCCGAACCCAUUGGAGCAGAAAAACCAGUUAUUUUAUUUGCCGGUGAAGCUACACAUCCUCGAUACUUUAGUGCCGUUCACGGAGCAAUUGAAUCUGGUUAUAGAGAAGCUGACAGAAUUAUUAAACUCCAUGAAAAUCUUGUGACGAAUUAGAAAACUUUUUAAAAAUAUCGUAUAAUAGUUUUACAAUAAAAGAACUAUAUUAACAAUAUUUUAUUUUCAAUAAUUAAU